CGCGUUGAUGGCAAUUACCGUAGAGCAACGUUGCGGUACGUAAUAAUGGUUGUAUUCGGGAGUCGAGCUACGAGGGGGUUAUUAAUAUCGAACGUCUUACGCAACGUCCUUGGGACUGGGGAAGCUAGCUGUGAAAACGCGGCUUAAUCGCAUCUCUACAAUAUUUUCGAAUCGGCGAAAUACAAUUCAAGGUCGGCCGCCACGAGUUGCCACUGUAUGAAGAUCCUCGUGGAAAUUAGUACACCGGUUACAGCCGGAGUCCCGGAGACUGUCCUCAAGAUAAAAUUACUCCGCGUUCACGAUCCGAGGUUCGUGUGUCAUGGCUACGAUUGGAAGAGACCGGGAAGUGGAUUGAAAGGGAAAAAAGAUUCGCCGUAUACAACGUGAAGCUUCCUUUCGACAAAAUUAAUCACGCCUGAUGAUCUCGAGCAAAUUUUCAUUAAUUCGCGCACCGAGAGUCUCGCGACAAAUCAAUCGGUAAUAGCUGCUGUUCCGAUACAAAGCUGUUGUUUAUUAUCACUGGAUGUGGGCUGGGAUAUGUUCCUGGCUGGAGUGAAUGGAAAUCGGCCCAAGGGCCCGGCCAGGCUCAAGGAAAUCCUCGAGAGACGCGACAACAUCCUCAGCAAGUGGCGAGAUGAGGUGUGCAGCGGAGGGGAGCUGCCUGAAGUUGAAAUAAUCAGCCUGCUGGAAGAGCAGAUACCGAGGUACCGUCUACGUGCUGACACCCUCACGCAGUUUCAAGGAUACGAGAACGCCGAUUGGUUCAUACCGGCACCGGCCCUCAAACCGGAAGACGUCGAUUUGAAGCUGUCGCCGGACCAGAUACGGGAGACCCUUAACUACUUCAUUCUAUGUAGCAACCGUGUGAGCCAAAUGACCAAAACUUAUAAUGAUAUAGAAGCAGUGACCAGGCUUCUAGAGGAGAAGGAAAAAGAUCUCGAGCUAACAGCACGAAUCGGCAAGGAGUUAUUGACUCACAAUCAGAAGCUCGAGAGCAGCGUGAACGCCUUGGAGGCCGAAUUAAAAUCGGCUAACGAGAGGAUCACGCAGCUCUCGCACGAGCUUAUCAAGAAGACCGAACUCAUUCAGAUUUUAACGAACGAUGUGGAAGACUCGGGAUCGGAAGCCGGUACGCCCACCGGGCUACGUGGAAUUAAUUUGGAAAUGAUGCAGCGACGCAUCGGUUCUCUUGAAGACGAGAAUCGUCAAUUACGGAGCGAGUUCACGAAACUGGUCCACGAUGCCGACGAUUGCGAGGAACAGGAAGCCAGGCUGGUGAAGGAUAUCGCUGCACAACUAGCGAGUGCCAAUAUGGAGGCAGACGGUAUGGUGGAGGAGCUUGAGAGGCAGAGAGAAGAAAAUCGGCUUCAGCAUGAGGAAAUAAUCAGCCUCACGGCAAAGUUGAAUGAAACGGAGUUACGAUUAGCACAACUUAUGGCUGAGCACGAUGAAGUUGGCAACACGUUGGUCAUCACCAGGGACAAUCAGAAUAUCCUGGCAACGGAAUUGGCACAGUUUAAGGAUCGUUAUGCCGAAGUAGUGAAUCUUCUGGCUGAAACGCAGGAACAAUUACGUAAACAGAGAAAACGCGGAUUGCCGACUGUAAGGGGUGGUUCACUCUUUCCUUCUAUGGGUGCUGCACCACAACCUGAUUCCAUUGCAUCGGAACUCGAGUCUUCGCUUUAUUCGGAACUCAGUCUCGAUUCUGGGAUCAGUGCCGACAGAGUUCCUGCUUAUAAGAAGGUUUUCGAAACGGUUCGGAGCGCUUCGAGAGCUUCCUUUGCCACGGAUGGACAAUUCCCGAGAAUUGGUUCGAUGACCACAUCUACUCUGUCCAGUGGAUCCUCCGGUCUAAGAAUGAGCUGUGGUCCUAUCAGACCUCAUCAUUCUACCGGCUUCCCUAGUUUGGAUUCUACAGGACAUAGUGACAGCGAGGGAUCUUUACUUACGGACUCCGAGGAUUAUCCCGGUCCUCAACAAACUGGAGUACCCGGAGCUCCUGGUGCAGCUGAUCUUGAAGCCGCACUACGUCGCCUAACACCAGCAGAAGUGAUAGCUCGUCGUGCUUGCCUGAGUACAGGAGCGGGAUAUAACUACGACUAUGAUACAGGAUUGCAUUCACCACCAAAUUUCCUGCCCUUCGGAUGUCGAACACCUGAUAGUAUAAUGUCGACCGGAAGCAGUGGAAACCUUUCUGGAUUUAGUGGCAAUAGCUGGCGUCUUCCUGAAAAAUUACAGAUCGUCAAGCCUAUGGAAGGCUCACAGACUUUGCAUCACUGGUCUCAACUGGCAACGCCAACUCUUGGUGGAUUGCUGGAAGAGCGACCUGGUGUCAAGACACGAGGAGGUCGUGCUCUGGAGGAUCUCGGUUUGGAGACGUUUACCUUGGCCGAUCUUGAGGAGGAUGAAGAAUAUGCGAAUCCUGGAAAACUUUUCCAGGACACCGGUUCCAUAUAUACGUUUACCAACAGCACUGUCUUGCAUCCUGAUGAUCACACCAGUGUCACGGCGAGUUUAGUCGGCAGCCGAGUGGCAACUGCACCUAGUAGUCAAAUUAAUUCUGGUGUCAAUACUCCCAGAUCUCUUAGUAGAAGGAAUUCCACGUCUACCUUCUCGACUACCUUAGGCUUGGCGAAGAUGCUCAACGAGAGAGGUAUCAAAGCAGUCACACCUUCCUGCGUGACUACUCCUAGUGGAGAACGGAACUUCACGCCGACUGCUACUCCAUGUAACAGUCCGGAUGGCAGCCCACCACCCACAAGAUCAGCCUCUCCACCACCUUACAGUAGUCCGCUAAGUUUUGGAUUAUUCAGCAGUGGGGCUGAAUUGUUGAAGCGCACUUUCAGUUCCGAGCCGCCGAAACGUAAACGUUCGAAGCCAGCGCUAUCACGAUCAGACAAGAAAGCUUUGACUGGCAUCCGCUUGGUCGAGAAAUUGGAAAGGAUCGGCAUCGACACCAUAAUGGCUACCACAGCAAGUGCUAGCAUUUCACCAUUAGCUCUUCAAGGAGCCUUAUACACACGACGUUCCAUGGAAAGUCCAAUGGCACAGCUAACCUUCCUCAAGACUUCGAUGUCCAGCAGUGUCAGCCAGGAGAAGCUCUCGUCGUCGUCCUCCGCUUCUACAUCGAGUUGCUCAAGUGAAAUUCUUAGUACCAAGCCUCCACUACCACCAAAGUCAAAAGAAGAAUUUGGUACAUCCAGAUCUGGUGCCGGGGCACCAAGACUAAAUCAGCACUCCGGAAGACAGCGGCGUUCAGGUGCUGGUGCAACUAGACCAGAUCUGGGUCAGGUAAAACAAGUGAAUCCCGUACCAGUUACUAAGGAGUCGGCAACUCAAUCAGCACUCGGUACUAUAAGUUCACUCUUCUUUGGACGCAAGGGUGGGCUCCUCUAGUUCCGUUAGUUCUAUAGAAAAUGGGACAAUACGUUCCGUAAUUUCUUGCUUUUGACGAUGACGAUUCCUAUUGUACAUAACGUGUAGCCCCGUUUCCCGCAACCUGAGGAUGACGAUGAAUGGAUUUACUGUUUGGUUCAACGUCUCCUCCAGCUGUAGGCAACGGUGUCUCAAAACUCUUAGAGAAAAAAAGUCUUAGCACGGUUCUUAUUCGUUCGAUUUCGUUUACUCUUGGGCAUGCUUUACUUAAGUAGCCUAGUCGAUACGUUCGACUGUCAUAAUUUAAUCGUAGCUCAGUGUAAACUCUUAAAAUAUACAUCUUUAAGGAACGAAUCGAAAGAUUGCAAUAUCAAAAAUCCACAAGGACAAUAUCGAUUAUCGCGCCGCAAUCUUUGAGUCAAUUCGUCAAUUAAUAAUGAAUGAAUUCAAUGCAUUAUUUAAUCACUAUAUUAUUUAUCAGUCAAUUGACUCAUGCAUUUGCCAGCUAAUCGAUUUACCUGACUUUAGAAAAAUGCAUUGCCGUUGCACCGAUCUUAGAAAUUUAUAAUAACUCAGGCUGCUAAAUGGUACCUGCUCAUCGUGAGCCGAACGAAAUCCUCACGUCGGAGGUCUCCCGCGUGUCGCGUUUAUUCCCCAAGGUGCAUCGAGAAGAUCAUUUACGCGAUAAUUGCCACAGUAAUAGCACAUU